AUGCAAAGUUGGCUCAUCACAACUAUGAGUUCCUUACCACUCACCACAGAUAUGGCCGCAACUACUAAGACCACUGAAGUAACCAAAAAGGAGACGUUCACCAAUGAUAUUUCAACGAGCGCAACGGUGCUGACCACAAGUGCCAGAUUUUCCACGAACACCCUCACCACCGAGGAAUCCGAAGUUUCGACUGAAGGCGAGCAGAGUACCGCAGAUAAUCAAACAACUGGGUUGGUCACCAGUAUCGAAUCAAUAGCCUAUCCACUAAGUAGUACGACAAUCUCGACCAAAGAGUCCACUGUUUCUACAGAAGGUUCUACCACAACUAGGCUGACUACCAGUGCCACUGAAGCAAGCUCUGCACUGCUUUCGACACAAGGCCAGGAAAUUGCGAUAGACUUCUCAACAGUCUGGCCAACUACGAGUACCAGGCCAAUGCACCAACCAUCAAGCAGUGAAACAAGCGCUGUCGAGAAAUCCACGAUGUCAACGCAACUCAAGAACACUACGAUGAGUCCUGGUGAAACCCGGCUGACGCCUACUUCUAGAUCAGGACAGCAAUCAACAAGCAGUGACACGAGACUCACCACGGAAUCCGAGUCUCCCUCUCAAUUCGAGGAGUUCACGAGUAAAAAAUCAGCCAUUUAUCUUUGA